UUACGCUUCUGCCAGCCAUGCAUGUCAUCUUUUUUAAGCGUCACUCAUGACCUCAGAUACGCUUUGGACGCAACGCAAUUGUUGUUCAGUUCAAAAUAGUCACAGGGCGAGGAUGAAAGUGUUUUUGUGUAUUUGUUUGUUUAUGUUUCUACAGCUGGGUGCAGCACAGUCAGUGGAGUCCAGUACAAAGAGAAUAGUUCGGAGGAAGAAAAUGCUUCCAGGGUUUGGAGUAGAAGAAAGAACCGACAAUCAUAUAGGCUCUGAUGAUCUAUCAAGUAUGGCCGCGGAGCACCGAUCCAUAAGUCCACCAGUCAGAGUUCUGAAAAAACGAUUAAUAAAACCGGUUCCACCGAUAGUACUACCACAACCAGUGUUCGACAAUACUACUCAGGAUCUUGAUUUAACUGUGCAGGAUAGUGUUGCUCCUAAACCCGAUGCUGUCAAACGAUUUUUGUCUUUGUUCACCAUCGUGUCCUUCAAGAACGACGCCUGCGUGAGUACUGGGGGUACAAACGGUACAUGCUACUCUAGCAAUGAAUGUACUUCCAAAGGAGGAGCGUCUGCUGGUACAUGUGCUUCAGGGUUUGGAGUCUGCUGUUUAUUUACUGCAACCUGUGGUGGAAGUACAAAUGUGAACGGAACAUAUUUUCAAAAUUCUGGAUACCCCUCAACUUUUAAUAGUGUUGGUUCCUGUCAGCUAACGAUUAAUAAAUGUGCUUCAGAUGUUUGUCAGCUCAGACUUGAUAUCCUCAGUAUGACACUCAGCGGGCCUGAAACUACAGACAAUCAAUGCCAGGGAGAUCAAUUUAUUGUAAGUGGAGGCUCGCCUCUACCAGCCAUAUGCGGGGUGAACACCGGACAGCAUAUGUAUGUUGAUAUGGGACUAUCCUCAAAUUCUCCCAUAGUACUGACUGUUGUAACAUCAGGAGCUUCUUUUCAAAGAUCAUUCUCAGUCAAAGUUACGCAGAUAGAGUGCUCAUCUCUUUCUAAAGCUUCUGAUGGGUGUGUCCAAUACUUCACUGGAGUCAAUGGACAGUUUUCUAGCUUUAACUUUAAUGCGGGAUCUGGUCUGCAGCUUUCAAAUACCGACUAUACUGUCUGUAUCAGGAUGGAGCGAAAUUUCUGUGGUAUUCAAUAUUCUGCUUGCAUUGUCUCAACUGCAACUGGAACUGCUAUAACAACAACAACGCCAAGAGCUUUCUCAAUUACUGGCGGAACUCCUACAGUUGGCAGCGUCGUCGGGAAUUCGUGUUUGACAGAUUGGAUAACUAUUCCCUGCGCUACAAAUACAAAUGAUCCAACUACACAAUCUGGUAGUCCUGUAGUCUGCGUAGACAGAAUCUGUGGGAUGGUUUUCAAUUCUGUUACAACCCCUAACACAUCACCCAAUGUACCUGUUUACAGUUUUUCCAAGCCGUUUAACGUAUUUGUACACACUGAUAGCUUGGAGGGUAGUUCUGCUCCAGCUGAAUCUUUGAACAGAGGAUUUUGUUUGAACUAUGUCCAGCAGCCGUGUACCUCAUCAACUGGAUAGAUAGAUAAUUCU